CAUAGAGUUGAAAAUGAAAAAAAUCAGUGCGCGCUAAGCAAUUUCGUAGCCAACGACAUAAUAUCAUAACAAUAAUAAUAGCGAAGAUUAUGGAAAACAACGUGUUUUUACAAAAGGUCCGUUUGGAUCCAGAAUUAAUUCGAUGAUCUCCUCGAAGACUGUCAUUGUCUUUCUUGACGGCAGGUUCUCGUAGUGCUGAUGUGUUUGCAUGCUGCAAUGUCGUUUCCUGGACUUCAUUGAACAAUUGGUGGAUUUUUCCUAGUCUCGAUAUCGUUGAGUCGAUAAGUCCAUCUUUGCAGGGUCCACUUUGUUGCUUUAUCACUUUUUAAAAAACUUAUAGACUACAAGAAUAUAAGAAUUAAUCUAACCGCUGUUGGAGACUUUAUUGAAAAACAAAUGAUUGAGUUUUGAAAGGAUUGAAUUCAUUGGCAUUUGGCUUAUGACUGACGUCACUGUUUAGUCAGCAAAUGACAGUCAGUUUGUUCUGUCAGAAAUACUCUGAAUGAAUCAUAAUAUUGUGUACUCUAACCUAUACCAAUGAAAUACAAAGUGCACUAAGUGAUGAAAUCUACAUAAGCCGCGUUUAUCUACAAGUCCUUAUUUGGUAAUAAAAUAAGCCGGAUGAACGUAUUCGUUUUGUAAAUAAAGAAUGAUAAAUUGAUCAAGAUUAUAAUAAAACGAAUUUAUCAAGUCUUAUUAACAUAAAUAUGGAUACCUAUAACUCUGGCAGUGCAAAUUUUGUUAACUUUGUAGUAACAAGUGCUAAUAAUGAAUCUUAUUCAGUGGAACGAAGAUUCAAAAAAGAUAUAACCAUUCAGGAAUUCAAAGACAAGUUAGAAUUGCUCGUUGGCUAUCAAUCAAAAUCAAUGGGACUAGAAGUAUACAACAAAAAUGAUGAUUUGGUAUGCAAAUUGAGUGAAAAUGGUAAAGAACUAGGAUCAUAUCCUGUUGAAGAUGGAAUGCGAGUCCAUGUUAUUGGUGAUGUAGAACCAACAGAUGAUCCAGCAGCAGUUGAGAAGUUCGAGUUGUCUGAGGAAGAAUAUUCAAAAAGGUCCUCAACAGUCAAAUCAUUUUUGAAAGAAAAUAAAUUAGGCAAGUACAAUGAAGAAGAAACCAAAAAGAAAGAAGAGGAAAGACAGCGAGAGCUAGAAAAUGAAGAGCGACUGAUCAACAGUAUGAAAGUAGGCGAUAGGUGUGAGGUCAUUGUUCCUGGCAACCCUAAACGCAGAGCCACUGUAAUGUAUCUUGGAAAAACUGAAUUCAAAAGUGGAUGGUGGGUAGGAGUGAAAUUUGAUGAACCUUUUGGUAAAAAUAAUGGAACAGUAGCUGGUAAAAAGUACUUUGAAUGCCCUGACAAGUACGGUGGGUUUGUAAAACCUGCAAGCAUAGUGCUUGGUGAUUUUCCAGAAGAAGAUUUUGACCUGAAUGAGGAACUGUAAUAUUAAUCAAAUAACUAGUGCAUACUCUAUUUUUCGUUUCAUUAUUGCUUAGCUUUAACAAAUGCGAAAUAUUUAUAUUUAUUCAUAGUAUAUAAAACUUUUAUAUGAUCAAUAAAAUAUGCAUUUAAAUUUUGCAAUUAUUUCAGUUA